CGGUACGAAGUGUACCUUGCAAUCGUCCCAAAUAUCUUAUCAGUAUUCUAUUUCCCUGUAAAACCAGUGGGAGUUUUUUUGGAUUUAUUUUAACCGUUUAAAGAUGGCACUGAAACUUCUAAUUUCAGUGUGUUUACUGUCAGAAAUAUAUGGCUGCUAUACUGGAUGGGUGCCCUAUCAAGGAAAGUGUUACUUUUUCAGUCAUACAACAGCUUCCUGGGCAGACGCUGGUAGUAUAUGUGCGCAACUUGGUUCCAAACUUGCUGAGCCAAAAUCCAGACAGGAAGCCAACUUUCUUAAAAGUCACAGCCAGUCGUUAGACAAGAGUUUUUAUCUGGGGAUAUCGGAUCUGGUCGAGGAAGGCAUAUGGGAAUACUCCUCAAGUCACGAGCCUAUCACGUUUAACUUGUUUCAUCCGGGAGAACCUUGCUGUUACCUACGUGAGAACUGUUUGAUUAUGUGGGAACCGUUUCAUGGAGACUGGGCUGAUGUCACUUGUUCUGGCCCCUAUUAUUAUGUUUGUGAGGUCGAUGACGGAGGAUCUCCAUCUGUCAUCGGAUAAACAUUUACAGAGAAAGCUGUCAAUUUCAUGAAAUAAACAGGAUGUAAUUGUAA